GAAGAUUAACUUUGACCGCUUGGUUUGGAAGGAGUGCAGACAUUACCGGUGACCGGGAGCAUAAGAGUCUAAGUGGUAGACUCUAUUUGAGUCUGUCUAGCGAGUCAGAGCGACGAGGGAGAGAGAGGGAUAGGGUUGGGUGGGAUGGUAAAUUUGAGAGCAAGCGAGAGCAGGAGAGAUGUUGGUGUUACAUGGUCGGGGAUGAACGACAGAUGAGGGUGGUAGGGAUGUUGGGGAAGAGACCUGGGAGAAACCUUGCUUUACAGCAAGUAAGAGGACAACAAGGCUACCUUGUUAACUCCACAAUACCUGAUCAAGAGAGUCAUGAAUGGAAAUCCUGGACUAAAUAUAUGGAGCAGCUCAAUGAAGUAUGGGUUCAGAUCAUGAAGGAAGACUAAAAUAAUAAAAUAUACCCUGGCCUGAGGUAAGUCAAGUUCACAUAAUCAUCCCUCAGUCCUUUUAUUUGAGAACUGAGGUUAG